CCUCUAUCCACAUCUCUCCUCAAUGCUUUGGUUCCAUCAAGGUGUACCUUACCUCAAUCAGUAAUAAGUUGAUCUCGGUGAUUGUUAUGACACUUGCGUAGGACGAAGGCCUUUGGAAGAACACCAUUUCCAAGCACAACAAUGGAUGCAUUCACGCUGAUGAUUCUUGCAACAUUUAUUGACAGGUGUCCAGAAUUCCACCAAGAUAUAAAUCUGGCUCUGAUUUUGUUACUAUGUGCCCAUCAGAAAAGUCUUACCCGUAGCUCUAGAGGAGUAUCAGCAUCGUCUGAUUGGCAGGCCUAAGGAGGUUCACCUCUGAGCUUUUCUCUUCCUUAUAUUUCAGCGAAAUUGCAUGGAGUAAUCAAAUGCAAAAGGC